AAAUGUUCCUCAAGUUGUGUCUUCUCGCCUCAGCUUUGCUGAUUUCCACCCACCAAACCGAAGCAAAAACAGACAAAGUUCUUUGCUUCUUCGCCAGCUGGGCCGGCUACCGCAACGGCGACGGCUCCUUCAAGCCCCAGGACAUCAACCCCAACAUCUGCACCCACGUCCACUACGCCUUCCUGGGGGUCAACCCCGACGGCACCCUCAAAAUCCUCGACUCCUGGAACGAAGUCGACUUGCAUGGCCUCGAAAACGUCGCAAAUCUGAAGAGUGUCAACCCUGAGUUGAAAGUCUUGAUCAGUAUUGGGGGUUGGAAUGCUGGAAAUGGCAUUUUGAACGGGAUCGUGGCCUCCAGCACGCUUAGAACAAGUCUUAUUAAUAGCUGUUUGAGCUUUUUCAGCCAAUGGGGUUAUGAUGGUAUCGAUAUUGACUGGGAAUACCCCGUGAAUGCUGACAAGGCCAACUUUGUCAAGCUUUUGCAAGAGAUGAAAGAGGCUUUUGGGUCUAGAUAUGUCCUCUCGGUGACGGUGGCGGCCAACCCCCUCUCCUCUUACGACAUCCCUGAAAUUGACAAGGUUGUCGAUUUUAUUAACAUCAUGAGUUACGACUACCACACCGCAGACCAGCCCCAAACGGGCCUAAACGCCCCCCUUUAUGGCUCCGAAAGUGUGGACACCUCCGUCCAGAGUUGGCUCAGUGGGGGGGCCUCAGCCUCGAAAGUCACCCUAAGUGUCCCCUUUUACGGCCACUCCUGGUCCCUCCAAUCGGCAAGCAACCACGACGUGGGGGCCCCCGCCACCACCGGAAUCGCCGGACCCUUCACCCAAAGUCCCGGAGUCUUGGGCUUCAACGAAAUUUGCUCAUAUUACAGCGACUGGACCCGAGUUUGGGUGGACGAAGCCCAGGUGCCUUACAGGUACGAUGGGUCCAAUUGGGUUAGUUACGACGAUGAGGAGUCCAUCGGUUUGAAGGCCAAAUAUGCCAAGGAUAAUGGGUUGGCUGGGGUUGCGGUUUGGUCCCUUGACACUGAUGAUUUUCAUGGGUCUUGUGGGACUAAGGAUGCCCUGUUGAAAGCCAUCAAGGAUAAUAUUGAUUAAAUAAAUUGUAAAUUGGGUUGAAUAAAGUGAUUUUUUUGA